CGGGACGCGGAGUGUGGAGGAAGCGGCGGCGGGUCCGGCCCGGCCAUGUCGCGAAUCCUCUGCGAAUGGCUGAACGAGGAGGUGAAGCUCUCCCGCCGCGUCGUUCCAGGAUCAUUUCCAGAAGAAUUUUCUAACGGCUACCUCCUAGGAGAACUUCUACACAAAUAUGGUCUUCAGGAUGACUUUAAACAAUUUUCACAGAGCAGGGUUGCAGAUGCAAAAGUUAACAAUUUUUCUCGCCUGGAACCUACACUUCACCUCCUCGGUGUGCCAUUUAAUGAGAAUGUGGCCCAAGACAUCAUGACAGGACAGCAUGGGGCUGCAACAAAGCUUUUAUAUGAAUUGUAUAUUGCUUUAGAAAAAAAGAGAAAGGCAAAGCACCCUGGAGUAGUCAUGGAAGCAAUAAGACCCGCCGCAACUACAAAUCUUAAGUCUAUUGAGAGUGUUUUGUAUCCAGAGCGUUUGAAAACUUUAGUGCCACGUCAGGCUGAUUUGCAGCUACAGCAGAUUUCGGAGCGUUUUGAAGCAAAAUCCAAGGCAGUAGCAGAUAAAAUAGCUCAUACACAUUUUGCAGAGCAGCAGAGAGCUCAGAAGCUCCAAGAAGAGCAAAGAGCUCAAGACAUUGAAGAGGAUCACAUUGGAAGAAGGAGACAAAGUGAAGUAGCGCACAGGAUUCAAACAGCUGGUUUAAAGGUUCCAAAGCCUCCACCAAGACCCAUCAUAAAAGCUAUUGAAACUAAAAAAUUGUUAAAGAAAAGAGAAGCAGAGAACGUAUACAAGGAAAUAGACAAGUUUGAGAAGUCUAUGACAGGAAAUGCCUUUGAAUUACACAGCCCGGUGACUGACAGUGAUAUACAAGAAUCAUUGCAAACACAGAAAUUGCAAGAAACAACUCAAGAAACUACUCAAGAAACUACAGCACAGACAAAAGCUGAGCUGUUAAAUGUUUAUUCAGAUGGUGAAUAUAUAAGGAAAAUUCAAAAACGUUUAGAGGAAGAUACAUUUGCUAGAGAACAACGAGCAAAGAGACGACGAAAAAUGCUAAUGGACCAGUUACUAGCACAUGAAUCUGAAGAGAAGGCUUACCGGGAGGAGCAGCUUGUUUACAGACUAAUGAAACAAUCUCAGCACGAGCGGAGGAUUGCUGCUCAACUCAUGCAUGUUCGACAUGAAAAAGAGGUGUUAAGGCAAAACAGAAUUUUUAGGGAAAAACAAUAUGAAGAAAGACGGCAAAAAGAGUUCCAGGAAGCUCUUGACAGAGAAGCGGCUCUUGCAAAACAAGAAAACAUUGAUAAUGAAGAACAGAUAAUGAAAGAGAGAGAACAACAUGAGAAAAUUGCUGCUGAAAGAGCUCAGGCCCGCUAUAAAAAACAUUAUUCUAUGUGUUGGGAAGUGAUGGGCCAAAUCGUUGAUAUGUCGACAAAAGUAGGAGAAUAUCGCUACAUGACAAAGAACCGAGUUCCAUUAAAACUGAUGCUGGACUGGAAGGAAUUUUUUUUAAAUGGAAAACCAAUAUAUGAACAAGCCUCAAUUCAACCUUUGCCAAAUGAACCUGGCCCAGAACAACUUGCAGAGAUGAAUAAAAUGAGUCUAUUAGAUGAAAAAGAUUAUGGUGAAUACAAGAGUAUGACAGGGGCAUGGAGUCCAACUGAAGAGAACAGUGAAAACAAACCUCCUCUUAAUAAUAACAUAUUGGGUCAUGUGCUUCGUAGACUGAUGGAGUUGUUCUAUCCUCCACAACCCAAACCUUCACCACGUAUACUUACUUCAUUUCCUGUCAAGGGAUGUAUUUUGGGAAAAAUUUUUAGUGGAAAAACUACCUGUGCGAAGUUUAUUGAAAAAGUUUGCAAUAUUCAGGUACUAUCUGUCGAUACUCUGGUUUGGGAGGCCAUCGAGUCUUUUCUUAAGAAUGAAAUGAAAAGUGAACAUGAUAUGAUUCCACAUGAAAAGAGUUCUGGGGAACAAAAUAAGCUGUCUGUACGUGCCCAGCUUGGUGCCGCAUCGCAGAAAUGGUUGAAGAAAGGAAAAAGUAUUCCUGAUGAACUACUAAUUGACCUCUUGUUGGAAGCCAUUAACCAAAUACCACCAGAGAAGGGGUGGAUUGUGGAAGGGUUUCCAAUGACUAUUAAUCAGGCAAAGCUAUUUGACAAAGCCUAUACAGGGAAUGAUCCAGAGGAAAAAGAGGCAAUUCCUGGAAGGCUCUCACUUGCUAUUGAUCCCAGAGCCCCUAACGAGCCUCCUGUUACCUCACCUGCAUUUGAUGUUUCUGUAUUAUUGGAUAUUUCAGACACUGUGGUACUGAAACGUGCAGCUAACAUGAAGUUAGAUAAAUCAAAGUCAUCUCAAACUGAACAGGAGAACAGUGAUCAAAAUUCAGAUCCUGAAAUCCUAGAAGAGAGGAUUGACUUGGACAAGGACCAGGUCGUACAUAGAAUUUCAGGCUUUCUAGACACAUGGCCAAAAUUGGAGAAAUGGUUUUCAGUCCAUCAAAAUAUUCUAGUGAGUGUAAAUGCAGAGACAGAAGAAAGUCAUGUGUGUGAAACAGUGAAGGAAAUUAUAAUGGAAGAAAUUGCGAAAAACCAGAAUAGAAGGUCUACUCAAGAAAUAGCACCAGCAGAAGAAAAGCCUUUACCAGAUACAGAAGAAAAGCCUUUACUAGAUACAGAUGUAAAGCCUUUACCAGAUACAGAAGAAAAGCCUUUACCAGAUACAGAAGAAAAGCCUUUACCAGACACAGAAGAAAAGCCUUUACCAGUUACAGAAGAAAAGCCUUUACCAGUUACAGAUGAUCUGCUUCCUCCCUCUCCUGAGACACCACCACCACCAAUAGAACCAGGAUCAGAUGAAUGGAUUUAUGUAGAUGAACCACUUCCCCAGGAGAUAAUUGAUUUUUUAGUACCUUACUGGGAAAUGAUAGAAAAUACAUAUAUUAAUACCAUCAAAACUGUACUUAGAUGCCUAAGAGAUGAACAAUACGCGAUGAUUCAUUACAUAACAGAUAUUAGAGAAAAUUUCCAAGAUUAUUUGAAACGUCCACAUCUUAAGCAGGAGUUUGUAUCUCAGUGGCAAACAGAUUUUAAUUCGAUUUCUGAUGACUUGCGAGAUGAUGAGGAAACAAAAGCUGAACUACACCAAAGAGUUACUGACCUAAGAGAUCUUCUCUGGGAUAUCUGUGUCAGCAGAAGGGAAGAAGCAGAGCAGGAACGUGUUGAUAUCAUGAAUAAAGGCUGGCUGCCAGAUCACAGGGGAAUUGCAAUGAACCAUUUCUUUUCACUUAUGCAGGUUGAAAUGGAUCGUUUCCAAGAUACAAAGAGAAUUCUUCAUGACUACUAUAGGUCAAUGGAAGGAAAAAUCCCAACAGAAGACAGUAAAGAUUUUACUAGAAUCCCACUGUUAGAUAUUUUUGAUGUAAAGCAAAAGGAAGAUGUAGAUAAGGAAGAUGUAGAUAAGAAAGAUGUAGAGCAGAAGGAAGCUGUAGAGCAGAAGGAAGAUGAAGACAAAUCAAAAAGGAUUCCUCUGGUUUCUUGGAAACUGUUUUCACCAGAAAUUAAUGCUGAGACAGAAAACAAGAGAACUCUACAGGCAAGUCCUAACGUUGAGAAUUCUGAAAAUAGACUGGCUACUUGCAGGAAUGAUGAAAGGCUUAUUAUUUAUACAUGGCAAAAAGCAGUAACAGCAGUAUCAAAUAUGGUAACAGCUGAAAUAGAGUUUAGAGAAAUGGAGGAAGAAGAACAGCAGCAACAAAAACCGAAAGAAGAUCCGAAACGCUCAGGCAAAGCUGCUGGGAAAGAUGUCAGAAAGCCUUCUACCAAAUCACUUACUAAGAAGAAAGGAUCACAGAAGAAAGUCAGUGUAAUUCCUUUAGACCCAGAAGAAUUAAAGAAACAAGAACUGGCACUUAAAAUAAAACAAGAACAUCUGAGUGCCUUGAAACAUGAGGAGGCAGCCACAAUAUCUCGACUAGAACUUAUAAAAGAAAAAGCUUUAGCAUUUCUUGAAGACCUAAAAAUGAAAGCAGAAGAGGCUUACAGAGAUAUGGAAAAGUGGCUUGGAUCCACCUUCCUGGAAGAAAUGGCCAGUGUUGAAAAGCUGGUUGAGGCUGCACGAUAUCAUGUUGAGAGUUCUAGCAAAAUCCAAUAUGAAAUGACUUUAGAAGAAACAGAUUUCUUCAUCAAUGGCGAUGUGAAAAUGUUUCCUGACCCUGUUCCUGACCCUGUUCCUGCACCACAAGUUCCACGCAUAAAAACCUCUAGAAGUACUCUAACUAUUUCACAACUCACUAAUCUUCAUAAGCAGUUUCUACAGGUGGCACCUAAAGCCAUAAGAGCACUGAAGCAAUUUAAAAGCAAGAGUAAUUCUUCUAGCAAGAGAGAAGUUGGUGACAAAGGGAAAGAGAAGAAAGAUUUGGAACAUCAGAAAAGAAAGACGAAUCGUCAGUUUCCAAAAAUGUGGCUAACAAAAUACUCCUGGUUAAAAUAUGAUGAUGAAAGGGGAAUAAUGUUUUGUGUACCAUGUCGUAAACAUAACGUGGAUUUGGGGGAAAACAUUCAUAAUUUUUGUUCUGGCACUGAUGAUUUCAAACUUGAAUUUAUAAACACACACCAGAGUAGUGAAGCUCAUGCCUGGGCUACCUGCAUGGAAGCUGCCAGUACUGCUUCACCAGACACAGCUUCUACUGAGCAGAUGUUGAAGAGCAUGAACUCCUUAACAUUAGGGAGAGUAGAAAAUAUUUUUAGAACAUAUCAUGCUAUGGCUAAAUCUGGUUCUCCCCUUGUAGAUUUUGAUUAAAUUUACAAAUCAGAUAAGCUUUAACAUGACCCUUCACAGUUUUUCUCAGACUUAUCCUUCUGAAGACUUCUCUACAGAGGCAGAACAGAUCCAUUGCUGAUUAUUAAUUACACAAAUCAGUCUUCCCAUAACAAGUACUCUUACAGCCAGGAUAUGACCAAUAUACUUCACAGUUUGAACCACUUUUCUUUCCCCCCUGUAAAAAUAUUUUUGAAAGUCGUAAUAAGAAUGCUUUAUCUUGAUUCUUUAUCUAGGAGCUGAGAAUAAGUAUAGUUCAGAGAAGUAUCUGAUUUCAUAUUUUCAUAAUUCUACAUAUUCUAAAUGCAACUUUCUACUUGAUAAUUUCCAAUCAAGGUAAAGCAUACCAGCAGAAUAUAUUUUUACCAUCAAAGAAAAAGCAAUGAUUUGUAUCAAAAGAUAGAUAAAAUUAAAUCAUUAAGGACCCCUCUUACUUCUUCCAACAGUAAUGAAGAUGUACUAGAGAUAAUUUGGGAGAAAUGAAUGUGAGAUCAUUCACCUUUAAAUCAACCCAUUUUCUGAAUCAAGAUCAACUCUUUACUUUCGCUGUAAAAUGUGUGUAAUAAUAGCAGAAACUGCACAAUACCAUUCCAUACCAUACUAUAUCAUGUAACUACACUAUAUACACACACAUAUACAUAUUUAGUAUUUUGCAUAUAUCUAGUUCUAAAUAGUAUGUCAGAAAUGGAGUAAGUUUUGAAUGAGUGCCUCCUGAAGGGAUUUUAGUCCAUUCAAGAAGAGUUAAUCUGUAGGGAUCAGAAAAAGGAUCAGUACUGUGAACUAUACAGUGGAUUAUGGAAGAUCCAUCAUUGAAAUAUGUUAAUCUGUGAUUUCUCAGACCAAAAAAAAAAAAAAGUUUAGAUAUAUUUUACCUAAGAAGCAAUAGGAUAUAUAUUGUACAAGGUACCUUAUUAGAUAUGUGGCAUUGCUGAUGCUGAGGGUUUUCUCUUAAAUCAGAUAAUGCCAAGAGGAUUUUUUCCCCUCUUAAGUUUUCAAAUGGGAAAUUUUUAACUAUUUUGAGAUUAGAAAAUGUGUUCCCAGAAUGUCCAACAGCUGAAGACAAAAAAAAGAAAUAAAAUCUGAAAGUAUAUUUAGAAUCUAUAACACUGAAGUCACUUCCAUGGUGCAGGGGGGCAUGUUUUCUCAUAACCUUCCUUUCAUCCAUGAAACUAGGAGAAUUCCUUCAACCUUGCCUCUUGGGACAUAUUUUCUAAGCCUGUGAUGAUUCUUGCUGCUUCCUUCUGGGCAGUCUUUAGUUUAUGUACAUCCUUGUAGAUCUGCAAAUUCCAAAAUUGUAUGCUAGCAGAAGCUUUAACAUCUGGGAGAAGAAAAAAAAAAAAAGGAUUAUUUCCAAUGUCUUUAUGUGUACUUUCUGGUAAUAUUGUGAUCUACUGUAGUCCCUAGAUACUUUUCUAUACAAAUUUUACUUUAUCAGUAAGAUUCCCAUUGUACUGUUUAUGCAGUUCAUUGUUUCAGCCCAGUGGGACACUUGACAUUAAUCCUUAUUGGAUAGUGUCCUUUUAUUCUAGACUGUAUCUCCAACAUGUAAAGCUCACUUUGAAUUCUAAUCCUAUUAUUCUCCAGUGUGCUUAAAAUUCCUUCCUGAAUUGUUUUAUCUGUAGUGUAAUAAAUGCAUCAGUUUGUCAAUCUGUUUCCUCAAAGUACUUUGAUCUGUUUCUGGUGAAAUUUACUUACUGAUCUUCAUCAUCUCUUGAGUUUUUCAAAAUCUUCAUGAAUACUGAUUCUUUUUCCACAGUGCUUGCUACCUCUUCUAAUUAAAAAUGUUUCUGGACAUUUAAUAAUUUCAUUUUCUAUUCAUUCUCCUACAUUAUUCAACUAAAACUUACUGGGUUUGGUUUCUUUUAUUUUGGGCUUAGCAAAAAGAUUUUAUAAAGAGCAUACCUGUUUUGAAACGAGUCCUGUUACGUGGACAAAGGCAAUUCUGGGAAUUGUUUUCCUUGUUCUUUCCUAGAAGACAUUAUUUACUUUUACCACUUGCAGAGUGCCAUUUGCAGACACUGGUAUUCUUUUCUCGGUACCAUCUGUGUAGCUGCCCACUCUCAGGCAUCUCUCCGUGAUUAUAAAGCAUUAGCAGCUCUUGAACUGAAAUGGUGAAUCACCUUUCGUCUCAGAUUAUAAUCAGAUAAUCAAAAAUGAUUCCCUGCUCUGUAAUAUAUACCCAAAUACAUUAAAUCGAGACAAAAUACCUGAAAACACAGUGAGGAAAGUAUUUCUUAUCUUUUUUUACAUGUUUAUGAGGGAUUUCCUCUGUCUCUCUGAGACUUCCUCAUCAUUCCUCCUACAUAUGUCAGUAGGAGGAAUUAAAUCACAGUCCAUUUGAAAUUUUUGAACUUUUAUAACUGGAAUUAUCCUACAUCAGAUGUUUCAGGAGGAGGUAAUAAAGUAAAAGAAAUUGCCCUACAGCACAUCAGCAAUUCUAUAAUUAAUAGAUAGGAAAUGGCUUAGCUCUGAUUGAAAGAGGAUGUGUUUCUUCACAUUUCCCACACAGGAAGAAAAGUGGGUAGAUACUGCAGAUCAGCUGGCAGAGCUUAAAUAUCUCACAGUAAUUCAUGUUUACCAUAAUAUUUACCUGAAAACUGCAUUCUAGCAUUUUCUAUAAUCCAAUCUAAGUUCUAUGAUUGUGAGUAACAUUUUAGAUGGCAAUCCUGUUUCGGACAUUAGUUUUGAUGCAAUUCCUCUUAAAAUUCCUUGUCUCUCAAAUACUUUUUAUGUAUGUUUCUAAAGUCAUGUAGCCUCAUAAAAAAAUUAGAUGAGGAUCUUAGUAUCCUUUUAGAAUUUUAUGCAGAAAAACAAAAUUAAAUUUCAUUUCAGGAAGCCAUAAGCUCAUAGGAAAUACAGGAGCUACAUUCUUUAUUGGCAUAGAGGGAAAUCAUAUUAGGAGUUGAACUGUUGUGAGAAAAGUUAGAUUGCCAGUAAUCAGAUGUGGAAAGGCAAAUUUCAGCAAAAAAUGCAAUAAAAAUUACCAUAGCUGCUCUCUUCAUGGUAAAGCACUAGGUAAAAAUGAGACUGAAAGAAGAUGUAAAACUUUUUCUUGUUGUUUUUUGUGUGAAGUGUACACUGGCUCCUUCAUGGACCAUAGACUGUUCUCCCCAUGAACCACUAAAAUGUUACGUGGUUUAUUGAAUUACUUAUGAAGUCACCCAGUAAUGAUGCUUUUGUUAUGCAGGCUUUAUUGUGCCGUAUGGAAAUUAUCUGAUUCUUGUAGCACGAAGUUUUCAUCAAAAAACAAAUUUCUGGUUACCUUAAAUUAUUACAUCAUCAAUCCAGAGUGCUUCAGUAAACAGCAAAGAGUUUAUCUCAUGGUUUUUUAGAAGAUAUUCUUUCUCAAUGUCGAUAACUCAAAAACUUGCACAAGGUGACAUCAGAGCACUGCUACCAGUCUGCCAGUAUUUUUUCCGCAGCCUUUGCUCUCAUGCUGAAAUUGUGGUAGGAUAUAUGGCUUCAAGUCCUUCCUUCUUCCUCUCCCAACAGAAUUUAAGCUUCCCAAAUCUGUUUUUUACCUCUUCUCUCCAAGCUUAUAUAUGUGUAGGAUUCCUCUGCUGUACUAAGAUGUGCUGAAGGCAUUAAUUCUGUGUUUUCUGAUUGGACAUAAACAGAGACUGUAGACUAUCAAUUCAAAUUGGCUACUGGAUUUUGAAUACUGACAUUAUGAAAUUAAUAUUCAAACAUUCUUAGUUUUUCUACCACUUACAUCUUUUUUCAUAAAGUUACAUUUCACUCCACUGUUUUGCUUCCAACAAAAAUGUCUCUUAGCCAUAAAAUGUGCACAGCUGUGCUUUUUCAAAA